AUGAGGAUGAAGAUCGAUCCCAAAAGCAACAGCACUGAGGCCACCGAGUUCAUUCUGCUGGGGCUGACGGGCCGGCCAGAGCUGCAGCCCAUCCUCUUCACAGUGUUUCUCCUCAUUUACCUCAUCACACUGACCGGAAACUUUGGGAUGAUCUUUCUGAUCCGAUUCACACCCCGACUCCAAACCCCCAUGUAUUUCUUCCUCAGUCAUUUAGCAUGUGUGGACAUUUGCUACUCCACCAAUGUCUCCCCACAGAUGCUCGUCAACUUCUUAGCCGAGAAGAAGAGCAUUUCCUACGCUGGGUGCCUGACCCAGUGCUUUGUGUUCGUCACUCUGCUCCUCACCGAGUAUUACAUACUGGGUGCCAUGGCCUACGACAGAUACAUGGCCAUCUGCAACCCCCUGCACUACAGCAGCAAAAUGUCCAGGCCCGUCUGCAUCUCCCUGGUCACCUUGCCCUACCUCUGGGGCUCUGCAGUGGGCGCGAUGCAGGUCACACUGACCUCCCGCUUGUCCUUUUGUGGACCCAACACCAUCAAUCACUUCUACUGCGCUGACCCCCCGCUCUUAAUGUUGACGUGCUCUGACACUUUCAUAAAGCAAACCGCCCUGUUUGUGUCCGCAGGGAUAAAUCUCACUGGCUCCCUGCUCAUCAUCCUCACCUCUUACGUUUUCAUCUUCAUCACCAUCUACAGGAUUCGAUCUGCAGAAGGCAGGCGCAAGGCCUUUUCUACCUGUGGCUCCCACCUGACCACGGUCACCAUAUUUUAUGGAACUCUGUUCUGCAUGUACUUGCGGCCUCCGUCAGAGAAGUCUGUGGAAGAGUCCAAAGUGAUCGCCGUGUUUUACACUUUUCUGAGCCCAAUGCUGAACCCGUUGAUCUAUAGCUUAAGGAACAAGGAUGUGAUCCGGGCCAUGGAGCAAUUAGUCAAAGGAAAUAUUUUUGAGAAAAUUGCAGCCUAA